GAGCUGGUGCCAGAUGCAAGAGUUGGAAAGCAGAGCUGCGAGACCAUCACCACCACCAUGCCUCCAGCAUCCGUCCCAGUUUGCCUCUUCUGCCUGCUUGCCUUCUCUUCCGCCUGCUACAUCCAGAACUGCCCUCGGGGAGGAAAGCGGGCCUAUCCGGACACCGAGAUCCGACAGUGUAUCCCUUGUGGUCCUGGGAACAAGGGGAACUGCUUUGGCCCCAGCAUCUGCUGCGGGGAAGAGCUGGGCUGCUACUUCGGCACCACCGAAACUUUGCGCUGCCUGGAAGAGAAUUACCUGCCUUCUCCUUGUGAAGCUGGAGGCAAGUCUUGCAGUGCGGGCGGGAGAUGUGCUGCGUCCGGCAUUUGCUGCAAUGAUGAGGGCUGCACCGCAGAUGCCACUUGCGUGGACGAAGAUGGUGGAAGAAGCCGGGCAUCCUCUGAAAAGAACCUGACUGUGAUGGACAGUUCGGCCGGAGACCUGCUCCUCAAGCUGAUGCACAUGGCCAAUGCCAACAAGGCACAGAGCAAGCAGUCCUUCUAAAAGGCCGGGAAUACGGAGCCAUUUGUAGUCCUUCCGUGUUGCCUUCUGGAGAAGAAAAAGAAAGAAAGGAACCGUUCGUGACUCAAAUUUAAAUACACAGCAAAUAAUAAAAAGUCUUUUCUGGCA